UUUAUUUCUCAUGUCAAGCAGUAGUUUCGCGGAAAAUGUCUGUGGGAUGACAAUAUCUCAAAGCACUUAAAGCAUUCGCUUUUGCUCUACCAAUCCAAUCCAAUGGCUUUCAAUUUGCGAUAUCCAAAGAAUCAUAUUCCUUUCUUUCUUUCCUCUUCUCUUUUUUGUCAAGUCUUCGCGAGAAGACUUGCUCAAUAAUGUAGAUUAAAAGGUCCGCAAAAUUCCAAAACUUCAACGUCAAUGGGUAAUAUUUUCAGUUUUCCAUUUCGUAAGCAGAGUAGUAGUAGUAGUAGUAGGAAUUCCAGUAAUAACAACACUUCUACUUCUUUUUCUUCGAUUUCUAAGAGCAGAAAUCGGUUGCUUUCUUCUUUCUCCCCCUUUGAAUCCUCUGUAAAUGAUAAUAAUAAUAGUUCUAUUCCGGUGAAAUGUUCUUCUUCUGAUUCGGGUUCUAGCGAUGGGAAGAUGGCGUCCACUAACAGCAAAAAGGAAACGGAACAAAUGACUCAGAAUAAGAAGAAGAAGAGCAAGUACUACUAUAUUCCUGAUAAUUUUUCAUCCCUUGAUCAGGUCACUAUAGCACUGAGAGAAUCGGGAUUGGAGUCGUCAAAUUUAAUUAUUGGGAUAGAUUUCACGAAAAGUAAUGAAUGGACUGGUAAAGUUUCUUUCAACAACAAGAGCUUGCAUGCAAUAGGUGAUUCGCUCAAUCCAUAUGAGAAAGCCAUAUCUAUCAUUGGAAAGACAUUGUCUCCAUUUGAUGAAGACAAUUUAAUUCCUUGUUUCGGGUUUGGUGAUGUGACUACGCAUGAUCAAGAUGUGUUUAGCUUUCAUAGCGAUCACUCUCCUUGCCAUGGCUUUGAAGAAGUCCUAGCUUGCUACAGGAAAAUAGUUCCAAAUCUGCAAUUAUCUGGGCCGACAUCUUAUGGGCCAGUAGUAGAUGCUGCAGUAGAUAUAGUGGAGAGAACGGGUGGACAAUACCAUGUCUUGGUUAUCAUCGCUGAUGGCCAGGUUACAAGGAGCGUCAAUACCAAUGAUUCAGAACUCAGCCCACAAGAAGAGAAGACAAUUAGUUCUAUUGUCACCGCGAGCAUGUAUCCUCUCUCUAUUGUUCUCGUUGGAGUUGGUGAUGGACCUUGGGAAGACAUGCAAAAAUUUGAUGACCGGAUUCCUGCGCGUGAAUUUGAUAAUUUUCAGUUUGUGAAUUUUACCGGUAUCAUGACAAAACAUACAACUGAUUCUGCAAAGGAAUCUGCAUUUGCUCUUGCUGCACUUAUGGAGAUCCCUAUCCAAUAUAAAGCAGCUCGAGAACUUGGUCUGCUAGGGAAAAGAACAUCUAAGGCGAAGAAAGUAGUUCCAAGACCACCACCAGUUCCUUACAAACGCGCCAUGGCAGUCCCAACUCAAGAUCAAAGCAGUCUUUCAGGAUCCGCGCAAAAUGAACAUAGCCAAGUUUGCCCAGUUUGUCUAACUGGUUCUAAGGACCUGGCUUUUGGUUGUGGACACAUGACUUGCAGAGAAUGUGGUCCAAGAUUGUCAGAUUGUCCCAUUUGUCGUCGACGGAUUACUAGUCGCAUCCGAUUAUACACUUGAUAGCAACUUCAAUGACAGGUGUAUGUAAACAUGGAAAAAACUUACCAACAUCCGAUGUUUACACCAAACUAUAUCAAUUUACUAUGGUUGAAUAAUUUAAUAAGAUGAAAAUAUGCAUAUAUUGAUGAUGAUUUAGAGAGAAAAGUUUAUGUAAACCGACAUGGCAUACAUCUAUUGGUUUGGUAUAAACAUCAAGUGUGAAUAAGUCUUUACCAGUACCAUGUAAAUAUGUGUGUAUUUUCUUGUAUGUAAUCUUGUGUUUGACUUAAAAAGAUGUUACUUUUGUAUAUUUUGUAAUAUGAAAUUGCAUUAGUUAGCUUA